CACUUCAGUUGCCUCUGGCUGUGGCUUUUGUCAUCUUUCUUGGAGAUUCCUCUCGUAGUUUGUGUUGUGAGAUUGAUUCGUCGAACAAAGGCUUUCAGAUUCUCUUCAAGAUAAUACGUAUUCGAGCAUUGAGUUUCUAUUCGGCAAGCUCUCCGAGUUCAUGAUCUUCCCUAAAUUGGCGCAACCUUAACCUGGUCUUCAUUUUCUGCUCGUCUAAUUAGACAUGGAAGACCUUCCAGUUGAGAUUAUUGGAAAAGUACUGUCUCUUCUACAAUCUGUCCAAGAUCUGGCGAUCGCUUCGACAACUUGUAAGAAAUGGAGAGAGGCUGUGCGGAAUCACCUCCAUACUUUGAGCUUCCACUCGGAUUAUUGGCCAGGUUCUAAAAGCCUUUCGACGAGGAGAUUGGAAGUUAUAAUAACACAAAUGAUACUUCAGACCACUGGACUUGAGAACUUAUACAUUUUUAUGGAUGAAGUAGAUGCAUUCUCGGCUUCCUCAGUGACUGCUUGGCUCAUGCAUACGAAACACACAAUCGUUCGACUGCACUAUAAUGUCAACACUGUUCCAAGCAUCAAUAUAAUUGAGAAGUGUGGUCGACACAAACUAGAAGCGUUGGCAUUGGCUAAUAAUCCGAUAGAUCAUAUUGAACUGGCUUAUCAUAAGUUCUCUUGUUUGAAUUAUCUAUCACUCUGUUAUGUCAUCAUUUCUAUGCCAGAUCUAAACCUUCUUAUCUCUGCUUGUCCAAAGCUUAAAAGGUUAUCUGUAGUUCACCCAGAAUUUACGGGGACAGAUGAGACGACAGCAAUGGAAAUUAGAAGUUCUUCAUUGAAGGAUAUCUUCGUUGAAGAUCUCGGUAAAGAGGAUAUCACGCUAGAGGCUGAUACCCUUGAAAUUUUACAUUUAAAAGAUUGUAGUCCUGAAGUAUUUCAGCUAAUUGGCAAAGGAACUCUGAGAGUUCUGAAGCUCGAGGAGGUUUCGGCUUUCGAACUGGGUAUUGGAGAUAACACUGAAAAUCUUGAAACAGUGGAUCUCAGCGGUACUGCACUUGUGUGGCAGGGAUUCUAUCAUCUGCUCUCAAAGGCAUCAAUGUUGAAGAGGCUUCGGCUGUGGAAUGUAAGAAUUUAUGAUAGUGAUGAAGAAGUUGUGGAUUUGGGCUCAAUUUCCACCAAUUUUCCCCAGUUAAGCCAUUUAUCUAUAUGUUUGGAUCUAAGACGUAGAGCCUUUCAUCAUAACUUGCGGAGAUCUUUUCAGAUGGAGAAUGUGACCAUAUUAGAAGUUGGAUGGAGGGAAAAUAAUGUUUUUUUCUCUGAAUGGGUGGCGAAACUUGUUAAAAUAUGUCCAAAGUUGAAGAAAUUGACAAUCUUUGGGUUUGUAUCAGGAGCCAUGACCAAUACGCAAUGCCACACCCUAUCGUGUUUUGCCACGGCUUUCGUCGAACUUAUGAGAAAACAUCAGCAUAUUCAGGUCGGGUUCGUCUUUGCAUAGCAUUUAGGCAACCAAAUAUGCGGCUGCUUAGUAAUGUUUGCAUUCGCCACUAAAUCAACGUUCUGCUUGCCGCCUGUGGCUCCUGAAGAUAUAGUCUUGCUGCAUGACAUUAUGAUCCCCUUACUAACCACGAGAGUCUUCUUAUUGUUGCCUUCCUGCACGAAUUAUGGUCCCUCGCUGUCAUUCAUUCUGCGCUCUUGGACCAAAGACCUCUGAAGAAGUCAAAUCCGCCAUCUUCCUAGCGUACAGGUAACCCUCUUCUUUUCUACUUCUUGGUAAUUGAUAGUAUCAAUUAUCCAAACUAGAACCAAACUGUAUUGAAAUAUAAAAGAUGAGCUUGUUAGAUUGAAAUAUAAAGAUGAGCUUACAAGUU